AUGACUUCCGUACUACACUAUCGCGACCCCAUUGCCUGCCGGAGCUACGAGCCUAUGAGUACGGCCAACUACGUUCCUAACAAGAUGGCUACUCUGAAGCAGAGUUCGCCCUACGAUGGCCAUUCCUCUGGCUCCGAAUCAAAGAAACAGCACACUCCUGGAGCCAAACGACGACCAUCGAGAGCUGGCACCCGAAGCGUAUCGACCCUCACAGCCGCACAACUAGAGCGCAAGAGAGCAAACGAUCGCGAGGCACAGAGAGCCAUCCGCCAGCGGACCAAAGACCACAUCGAAGGCCUAGAGCGACAAGUCCGCGACCUCACUGCGAGACUUGACAGCAACCCUUCGACCAAAAUGGUUGAGCUUACGAGGAGGAACGAAGAGCUUGAACAGGAGAAUGCAGUGCUCCGAAGGCGGCUGUCUCACGCACUCGCAGCUUUGGGGGUCUCUGAACAAAACGCAGCAACAGGAGGUGCCCCUUCACCCAGUGAUCGCAUCCAAAUGCUCAGCCAGCCCCGACGAUCAUCCACUGGCACUUCCAGAAGUGUCCAUUCAGUGCCCGAGAUGGCAACGCCCGCUUCCCAACCUGGACACUGGCAACCGCCGCACGCGUAUCCCCCGAACAUUUCCUCUCCGCACAUUGAAACUUCAUCAGGUAUUGGCGAAGUCUCUGGCCAGCAAGACGGCGUGCGAUACGGCGCCCACCAGAAUUCCCACCCGCAGCAUCACGCAGGAUCAUUGCCUGUCCAAGACCCAGCCCUCCAUGCCGUUGAUAACAGCGGCAUGCCAUACCCUGGCCCUUACGGAAUGGACAGCAACUCUCGAUCCAUGUCGUACCCAUUGGAAAAUGCACAACUUGUCACUUCACAGCCCAUGCAGAUGUCUGGCUAUGGAACCCCAACCUCAAACCCUUCUCCCCAUCCCUCAGACUACCAGCGCCACAUGAGCGUUCCUAUGAACGCUCCUCAGGCGCCACACGCCCAGCACCCUCAUCCUCAUUCGCAUUCACACUUGCAGCCUCAGCAACAGGCCCACUAUACCUCUUACCCCAACCCAGGCCCUCAGGGGUACGCGCCCCAAGUGACCCAUCCUGGCGAGAUGCACAUGAUGGCCCCAGCCCCUCAAUCGCAGCCUCAGAUGAUGGGUGAACAGGGCAACAUGAUGUAUCAUAUGCCUCCCAAUAUGAAGGUUGAGCAACAUUGACAGCGAUGAGCAUGUUUCGUCAACUGGCCGAGCUUGUUGCGGCGAGGCGUACAGUAGUGGGCGAGCAACAGGCGGUGUGAUGACAAGCGUAGCAUGCGAUCCCUUCCGACAUCUCAAUCGGCAAUCUGGACGGCCCUGACGAAUUGUGUCUACAAGACCUUGACUUGCAGUUUCACUGUAACCCGCAAACACAGCACCUGCUGAUUCAUCCUUGGGAUCAGUAACGCGGCUCGUGGAAAUGCAUCCCCCCGAUCCAACUCGCUCUAACUAUAGAGUUCGCAUGGCCCAGUCAUUACUGUACCAGAUUCCUCCCAGUAACUGAAACAGCUCGCCCAAAGCC